AACGUGCUACGUGCGGGAAACGCUUUUCUGUUCUCCUCGCUUUUUUGAGCUCACAUUCAAAGCAAACUCAAAAGCAAACUCAGUUGAAUAGAAACAAUAAUAAUACAGAAUAUAGAGUAUAGAGUAUAUACGAUUAUGAUAUGUUUAUAAAAUAUUAGUUGACAUAUGAUUGGCAGGCCGUUCCAUUCCGUUUCGUUCCGCUGCGCUUUCCUAACCGGCGUUUCUGCGCAUGCGUGCGUGCUUGCACUGCGUGCUGCAACUUAGUGUUUGUGUUGGUGCGACGCUUUAAAUGGCGUUUUAAGUGAAAUUAAAAUGACGGAUGUGCUGUAAUUUGCACACUCACGCUCGCUCGAUAAAUACAAAAAUAAAAAAAAAGCAUCAGCGACAACAACAGCAGCAGCAGCAACAACAACAUCGACUAAAACCAAGAAUCCAGCGGAAUAAAUAAUAGCAACACACACACACACGCUCUUUGGUGGGGCGUUGUGUCCGUAGCAUGUGCCUCAGUUGAUCGAAUUAAGUGCGAGUUUUAUAGCGCCCGCGGGACCGGGAACUGCAAUUGACUGCCCAACCGGAAAUGCAAGCCCCCAACAACAAGUGUAACACCCCCGCCCAGGAAGCGUCGGCAAUAAGUGCUAAUAAGUGAGCCGCAGACUAUAUACGAGCUAUAGCUAUAGCCAUACGAGCUAAAACCGGAUGCAGGGCCACUAGUAAUUGCCAAUUUUAGUUAUCACCCUGCCUCGUUCAAUUGGAAAAAUCUGUUGGUUUUCGCUGCUCAUGCUCAGUUUAGUUCAUUUCAUUAUCUUUGUUUUUUUUUAAGUCAUGCUUAGGCGGUUCAUCAUCACAUAUAUUUGCCUAAGUAGCUAAGCAGCAACUAAGUAACUUCGUCACGCACUGCGCGCGCUGCAUUCGUUACCACACAAAAUGCGGCUUUUGCUUCUGCUACGGUGGCCCCCCACCCCGCAAAGGGUUGUCCCCCGCCACCGAAACGCAUAAACAAGCUGAAAAAAAAUAUAAAAAUAAAUAAUACAAAGAAGCGCGGAAGGUUAACAGCAAAAAAAAGGGUAGAAAACAAAAACUCAAGGUGCGUUGCACUCGUUUUGUCAUUGAUUCCGCGGAUGCGAAAUAGCAUGCGGCAGUUGCAGGCAGCAAAGAGCACGGGCAACAGCUGCUGCGACAAAAGCCAGGCCAAAAGCAAAAGCCAAAACCAAAACCAAAACAGCGAUUAUUUCAGGCAUCCGCCUCCACCUUCCCACCACCACCACCCCCUCCCUCUGCCAAGUCCGGUAACAGAAAACAGAAUACAGAAACCCUUGCUGCUGCCUGUCUUUUGUAACGUGGCCAGAACGUUGCCGGGCAAUUAUUAUUUUGUAAGACGUUUUACAAUUUAAUGGUUUUCAUGGUAAGUACACCGAUGCGAAGGCAAACGCGAACGCCAACGCCAUAUGCCAUAUGCCAUGUGCUCCCCUUUCUCGGCCACCUCUGCGACCCUGUCAGCCGAAAGUUUGUUUUGGUGACUCGCGGGUUAAGGGGUCACGAGGGGGACGGGGUCAGGAGGGGCGCCGAGGGGCAUACCUGGCCAACACCAACCUGUUGCACUUCGACGCGAAGAGGGGCAUUGUACCACUCUUAAUUCCCUGUUUCUGCUUCUCUUUGCAGAAUGGACUUGGAUCCGACCCUCUGUCAGCAAAGGAGGCAGAGGGCCCUCCGGUUCAGGUUGAACCAGUUGAUCUGAGCUUACGAUCGCCGCGCGCGAGUACUUCGCAUGGAAACAGCAGCAGCAGCUACAAAUUCUCGUCGGCCAACAAGACAGUUGGCUAUAGCAAUGGCAAGCCGGGUGGAUCCUCCGGCUCGUCCUCGUCCUCGGGCUUUGGAGCGGGCUCAGCUGGAUCCACGUCGUUGGGGGCCUUUGCUGCCCAGCAGCAGCAACAGCUGUAUGCCUCCUCCGGUGUGUCCAAGUUGCCAUUCUCGCCGUUCUUCGCGGCCUCGCCAUUCUUUUUCACCUAUCGACGGAUCAGCGGAAGCGGAAGUGGAAACGGCAGCGGCAGCGGAAGUGUCAGCGUCAAGCAGGAGGACAACAACAACAGCUGCAGCUACAACAACGGCAGCAGCAGCGGCGGCGGCGGCGGCACAGGAUCGACGACGAACAGCAGGACUAUGCAGGACUACGAGAGCAAGUUCUCGCUGCUGAGCCUGUUCAAGAAUCCCUACAAGUUUGCCGGAGGCGAUGGCCAUGCCUCGCGCAAGACCUCGCCCACCGGCGGCUCCAGCAAGUCCCUGGCCUCCAACUCCUCGCCCAGCUGGAAGAGCUACGCCGGCUCAGCCUCGCCGCACGCCGCCCUUAACCCCGCCUUCGGGGGCAUGGCACGGGGGGCAACGCGCAAGGAUAGCAGCAGCUUCAGUGGGAUUAACUUUGGCGGGAGCAGCUCAGCCUUCGGAUUCACCACCUCCUCCGAUUCGAUGGCCAACGGCGGCUACAAUGAUCUCUCCAAGAACCGCAAGGUGCACAAGUGCGACACCGAAGGAUGCGACAAGGUGUACACCAAGAGUUCGCACCUCAAGGCGCACAAAAGGACGCACACAGGUGAGAAGCCGUACGUGUGCACGUGGGAGGGCUGCAUCUGGCGUUUCGCCCGCUCGGAUGAGCUGACCCGCCACUACCGGAAGCACACGGGCGUGAAGCCCUUCCGCUGCCAGCUGUGCACCCGGAGCUUCAGCCGCUCGGACCACCUGUCGCUGCACAUGCGCCGCCACUGAGGAUUUGGAACUGCCGAUCUGGCCAUACAUACUCGUACUUGUACUCGUAAUCGUACUCGAAAUCGCACUCGUGUUCGAACUACUCACAUCCGUGAAUACUCAUCUGAGAUGCUGUCGUGGAGCAGCUCUUGAUUAUUUAUACGCACUCGAAUCACAUCCAUAGAUCAUUCACUGAGACCAGAUAUUCCAUGUCGCCUAAGUAGCUCAAUUUAGAACUUAAGAGGGCUCAAAGCCCAACUUAGUUAGUAGCUAGACUAUAGUUUUGUGGCGGAAAGAUUUGUAAAAUUUUUCACAUUUUAAGCCCAGAGACAAUUGCCUUCAGAAGCCAAGUUAACAAAGUGGAUUUUUACCUACUAUACAUAGACAUACAUAUGUAUCUGCAUAGUUAAAUAUAUAUACAUACUACGGAUAGUUUUUGGAUUGGUGCUAGCAACUUGCGUGUACAUAGUUCUAGAUAAACGUAUACAGCCCCUAGAUUGGUAAGAUGAAAUUUAACUAAUUUUAGAUCAAAUUUUAAUUGGUUUUUAAGUAGAAAAUUGUAUACAGAAAAACAAACAAAAGAGGCAAAACAACCCGAAAAGCAAAGCAAUAUUUAUAUAUAUAUAGAGAUACUCUCAUCUGCAGGGUAUUUUCAUCAUUUUGUACUAUACGCAUAUGGAGUGAUAGUUGAUGAGGAUUCUUACUUAAAGGGGCUCGAUAAGGGAAGUGUUUGAUAACGUCUUCUAAACAAAAACAUUGAUAGUUUGAAACCUAAAGAUACGAUAACAUCGAUUUCUUAUUAAAAAAAAAAGCUGUAUUCAGAACCUUAGGUGCCUUAAAUUCUAUAACAUACUUGCUAAAAUUAAGUUAUUAAUUUUAAUUUCAUCUUUUGUUAAUCCUAUAAGCAUAGUUUUUCACCCAACAUAUACGCUUUAAGCUGCCUUAUAGCCACGCAACGCACUGUAUUCCCUGGCGAACCCCAAUAGCAAUUUGCCUCAUACCAACUGUCAUCAUAGAUUUUAGCACACUCAUAGACCAACAACAUACACACAAAAGCAAAACAAAUUGUAUUAUUUUUUGAGAAAUAAAAGAAAAGCGAAUACUUUUUUGUACCAAACGAA